AUGAACAUGCAAGCCUCCAUUAUGGACAUUCCAGAUCUCUCCACUGCCCCUCUCACAUCGCCUACUCGCAAGUUCGAAGGAACUGCAUAUCCCAACGCCAAAGACGCGCUCUCCAACGGCCUCUUCCGCCUCCGGACAGACCAUAGUCAAGGGGUAAACGGUAGCAAAUUGCGUGAUUCUCAACAUUCGCCGUUGGAGACGUGGUGGGAUAUGAAUGCGUCGAUUACGAGUGCGAUUGUCAAGGCAUUGGAUAGGAAGAGGUUGGGGGUGGUGGAUUUGGACGAAGGGGAGGUUCAAGAUCGGUAUGGUGAGCGCGGGGAGAGGAGGUCAUCGGUGCUCACCAGCGAUGAGGGGUGGGAGGCAGGGAUGGUGGAUGGCGACUGGGAUGGGGAGAGAGGCAUUCAGGUGACGACAGAAAACAAGGAGAAUUCAAGUGGUGGAUUGCAUGUUCAAUUGAAGAUGAUGCAAUCGCGGCCGCUCUGUGACGGGGUAAAGUUGGCGAGAGACCUUGUCCAUGGUGCACAAGCCGUUGAGGCGGCUCAUCGGUUACAUAACUAUAUCGCAUCGGAUGCUAGCGUUGCGAUCCUGGAGCCGGAUGUUGAUGUUGUCAUGAUAGAGGCUGAUCGGAUAAAUAUCUGA